CUAUUGAAAAAGAAAAUCAACUUUCCUCCCAUCCGCCCCAGCCACCUCUCCGUCUCGCUCUGUGUCUCGCGCCGACCCAACCUCUCCCUUUCCUACAUCGUUUAGGGCUCCUCUCUCUCUCUCUCCCUCUCCCUCUCUCCCUCUUGCUGUGUGGCUGUGUCUUGGUUUUGUUUCCUUGUUCUAUUUGAUCUCGUAUUCCCGAUUUCCUUUACGUAUUUUUCAACGCCUUUGGUUCUCGAUCUCCUCAAUUUUCUCUGCAUUCUCUGGGAAAACUUUCUUUAUAUGUCUUCUGUGUUUCCUCCUCGUUAUUUGGUCCUUCAAUUUCACAUUUUGUCCUUAAAUUGCUUCCAAAUUUCCUUUUUUUAGUUUCAUGUUUCCAAUCUCCCAUUUCGUUUCUUCAAUUUUAGGGUUUUGAUUUUUCGAGUAGUUUUCUUUCCUAUUUGCGAUUGUCUGAUUUCAUGAAUAUCUCGGGUCUUAGGUAUUAGUAUUUUCGGAUUUUUAAAAAAAAAAAAAUUUUUGGGGGUACGGUGAUGGUGAGUUCAGAGGGGCUGAGUCCUUCGCCGGCUUCGGCAUCGAAGCAACACGGCGUGACGAAGCCAAUAUCAACGGCGGGGCCCAGUGAAGCCGAUAGACAGAGAAACAAAGAACUGGAGAAGUUCUUGGUGGAUGCUGGGCUUUACGAGAGAAAAGAGGAAGCUGCCAAGAGAGAGGAGGUUCUUGGUCGAAUUCGCCAGAUUGUAAAAGAUUGGGUGAAGCAACUUACUCGGCUGAGAGGAUACACUGAUCAAAUGGUGGAGGAUGCAAAUGCUGUCAUUCUUACUUUUGGUUCUUAUCGACUCGGGGUACAUGGUCCUGGGACUGACAUAGACACGUUGUGUGUGGGGCCAUCAUAUGUGAAUCGGGAGGAAGACUUCUUCUUUAUAUUGCAUAACAUCCUGGCAGAAAUGGAAGAAGUCACAGAACUGCAACCAGUUCCAGAUGCUCAUGUCCCAGUAAUGAAAUUCAAGUUUGAUGGAAUACCCAUUGACCUUCUUUAUGCAAGUAUUUCUCUCUUGGUUGUACCAGAAGACUUGGACAUCUCUGAUGUCUCUGUAUUGUACAAUGUUGAUGAGCCCACUGUUCGAAGUCUUAAUGGCUGCAGGGUUGCUGAUCAAAUUUUGAAGCUUGUUCCAAAUGUCAAGCAUUUUUGUACCACACUCCGGUGCUUGAAGUUUUGGGCCAAGAGGCGUGGUGUUUAUUCCAAUGUGACUGGAUUUCUUGGGGGUGUUAACUGGGCCCUUCUUGUAGCUCGUGUAUGCCAGCUCUAUCCUAAUGCAGUUCCCAGUAUGCUUGUUUCUCGAUUUUUUAGGGUCUAUACACAGUGGCGUUGGCCGAACCCUGUGAUGUUAUGUGCAAUUGAAGAGGACAAACUUGGAUUUUCUGUUUGGGAUCCACGGAAGAACCCUCGAGACCGGACUCAUCACAUGCCCAUCAUAACGCCUGCUUACCCUUGCAUGAAUUCUAGCUACAACGUUUCGACAAGCACUCUCAGGGUUAUGAUGGAGCAAUUCCAACUUGGUAACAAAUUUUGUGAGGAGAUUGAACUCAAUAAAGCCCAAUGGAGUGCUCUGUUUAAACCAUACUUGUUCUUUGAAAGCUAUAAGAACUACCUUCAGGUAGACAUAGUUGCAGCUGAUGUCGAUGACUUGCUUGCUUGGAAAGGCUGGGUGGAAUCCAGGCUGCGGCAAUUGACUCUGAUGAUUGAGCGAGACACGUUGGGGAAGUUGCAGUGCCAUCCUUAUCCUCAUGAGUAUGUGGAUACAUCCAAGCAGUGUGCCCAUUGUGCUUUCUUUAUGGGUUUGCAAAGGAAACAGGGGGAGAUGAUUCAAGAAGGUCAGCAGUUUGAUAUCCGUGGGACCGUAGAUGAAUUCAGGCAGUCUGUAAACAUGUACAUGUUUUGGAAACCAGGGAUGGAAAUUUAUGUUUCACAUGUUCGUAGAAGGCAGAUCCCUUCAUAUGUGUUCCCCGAUGGUUAUAAACGAUCUCGACCAUCGAGGCCAACUGCCCAGCAGCAGGCCAAUAAACCCUCUCAUGAAUAUGGUGAAGUUGGUAGGACUGGCUCUGGUGAGAGAUGCCUUAAGAGGAAAAAUGAUACUGAUGUGCAAGGUAUCCCUGAAAAAGGGCGAUCUAUAACCCCUCAGAGUCAGGGUUCAAUUUCUCCUGAGAAUGGCUCCAGUGAGAGAUGCCUUAAGAGGAAAAAUGGUACUGAUGUGCAAGGUAUCCGUGAAAAAGGGCGAUGUAUUACCCCACAGAGAGAGGAUUCGAUUUCUCCUGAGAUUAUUACUGAUGAGUUCAGUAGUGUGUCUCCAGAGCAAAUGGCGUCUCAUAUGGUGGGAAACAAAGCAUCUGCUGAAACAAACAGAAUAUUGCAGGGUUAUAACAGUAAGGUGGAAGGUCUGGCAACAAAUGGAUUGAGAACUGGGAUUGGAUCUGUUAGCCGAGAGCUGCGCUGGAUUGACGGUGAUAAAGGUUCUGCUGGGGAGCUAGCUGAAGCAGAAAAAGGGAUGCUAUGCCAAGAAACUGAGACUGCAUGUGCAUCAAAUUCGAGCAUAAUAACAACUCCUACUAGUGAGGGCAGUUUUUGUGAGGAUUCUGGAUUUGUACCAGUGGCAGGUAGCAGUGUGGGAGAAAGCAUUGCAGGGGCUAAUAACCUGGGUUCUUCUCUGGGCGAUUUGUGUGAAGCACAUUCCAUGUUGCCUUUGGAGGAUGGAUGUGUUAAUUGUGAUGGAGUUUUGCGAGAUGGAUCGCUGGAAGAGUUAGAGCCAAAUGCUGCACUUGAGAUGGUGAUAAAUGCAUCAGGUGGUGUGAACUCAGAAGCUGUGCAGAAACAAGUGUUAAGUAGCAGAUUGAGUUUAACAACUACGGCAUGAAAGAUUAGAUAUUGGAUCAAUGGCAAUCUUUGGCUGUGAAGACAUGUUGAUCUGAACAGAAAGAUAGAAAGCCAGCAGUUCCGGUAAGUGUGAUUUUAAUUGCUGGCUUUCAUUUCUUUCGUUUUUUCAGGCAUGCUUGCAUGGUCUACCUCGCGAAGUCAAAACCAAUCAGCACCAACUAAAGAGCCCUGUGGGGUUAGUUCUGCCAUGCGUGUACAGUUUAUAAUGUUAAGAAUUAUACUCCCAAGUACUGGAUGCUCUGGAGCUUAGCAGAUGAUCAUAGGUUUGUACUUUUUUUCCUCUUUCUAGCAGGCUCUGUUAAGAGCUUUCUAAUUUGAAAAAAAACCACAAAAAAGAAAAAAGAUGGUUGGCAUUGUGUGGCAGGGUGUCGUAGUGUUGCUUGGUUAGAUUGACUUAUUGUUUUAUUAUAUGUGAGGAGGGACUAUGACGUGAGCCUAGGCUUAUUAACUUUGGUUGGGUGUGUGCUUCUUAUCCAACCUUGUGUACACUUGCUGCUUUGCAUUAAACAUUACAGUAUUGAACUC